AUGUUGCACGCGAUUCUCAUGGUCCCAUUGCUCGCCGAAGCCCUAGCGGACACCUGGAUGAAGGUCAACAUCAAAAAGAUCGAACACAAACCGUGCAGUUUCGACAAAACCUCGUGGGGAUUCGAGACGGGCGGUUGCGCCAAAAUGAACUACAUGACGCUCGACGAGCGCAUUCUUCUCUCCCAUGAGCGUCGUUCGACAAGCUUCGAGCAUAUUGAUGGUGUCCUGCGACCGACUGUAACCUACUGGCCCCAUACUCGCCUUCAGGAUUGGAUGCUGUCGAUUCAGUUCAUCGCAGUGGAUCCGUCGUACGGAAUCGCGAGGACGUGCGAUCUUUCGGGCUUUGUGAAAGUCUUUGAGAAGGACUAUGAGGAUGGCGACGAGAUUGGGAAGCUCGCCGAACGCGAUCUCGACAUCGAGGGUCAGUGCUUCGUCGCGCGCGUCAACGUGCAAGCGUCGAAGGGAAUCUGCCCGUGGUGCGUCGAGGAGGCGAAGCCCGCCGAGCUGCUUCAACCUUCAUCAACGACGACGCCCGAUCCGAUGGCCUCGUUGGCGACGUCGAAUCCGUUCUUGCUCAUCGCGAUGGUCUCGCUCACGCUGAUCACCGUGCUCGCGCUUUUCGGCACCGGCGUCAUUCUCAUUUGCUAUAUUGCCGAGAGAAGACCCGCUUCUCCAAACGCUUCCCAUCCGACCUACGAGCUUCCAUCGCCGGUGUCGAAGUCGACGUUGACGACGUCGCGUCGAAAAAUCUCGCAAUCCACGUGGACGACGUCAACAUCGUCGGAGAAUUGGUGCGAAUUGCCGACCGAGCGAUGGAUUUCCUACAACGAUCAAACAAUGGAGAAGGGCUUCAACGCCGACGUCGUCGAUGACUACCAUGUGAUUGCUGAUGGCGGUGCGAAAUUUUGCGUCUCGCCGGAUUCCGGAUGCGAAUCGGUUUGA